AUCAUCGAUCAUUCAUCAAUCAAUGGUGCAAGCACCACCCUCUUAUCCUCUCCUCCCACGCGCUUCCUCCCCCAAACUCCUCUACUCCUCCUUCAGAUUUGCCCUAGCUAAGCUCUCGCUCGCCGUCGCGCGCUAUGCCAUGAGCAGAGACAUCGAGGACGGGCACGGCGCCGCCGGCAGCGUUCUUACGGCAGCAGGAGGAGGAGGAGGAGGAGGAGGAGGGGCUGGCAGUAGCGAGGCGGCGGCGGUGUCCGGCGGCGGCCGCGAGACCGCGGCGGACUCGCACGACAACGACCUGGUGAUGCCGGGGUUCCGGUUCCACCCGACGGAGGAGGAACUGAUCGAGUUCUACCUCCGGCGCAAGGUCGAGGGCAAGCGCUUCAACGUCGACCUCAUCGCCGACCUCGACCUCUACCGCUUCGACCCGUGGGAGCUCCCCGCAAUGGCGGUGAUGGGCGGGAAGGAGUGGUUCUUCUACGUGCCGAGGGACCGCAAGUACCGGAACGGGGACCGGCCGAACCGGGUGACGGCGUCGGGGUACUGGAAGGCGACGGGCGCCGACCGGAUGAUCCGCGGCGAGAACAGCCGCCCCAUCGGGCUCAAGAAGACGCUCGUCUUCUACUCCGGCAAGGCCCCCAAGGGCGUCCGCAGCAGCUGGAUCAUGAACGAGUACCGCCUCCCGCCCGCCGCCGACACAGACCCCUUGAUCCACAAGUCCGAGAUCUCGCUCUGCCGCGUCUACAAGCGCUCCGGCAUCGACGACGGCCAGCCUUCCUCAGCGCGGCGCACCGCCUCCCGCACCGUCGUGCGGACCGGUCGGCACGGAUCGUCGCCGUCGUCGUCCACGCAACUGUCACCGACGCAGCAGCCCAGCAGCUUCCAUCUGCUCCAAGGCGAGUGCUCGUCGGCGUCACCGCCAGCCACCAUGGACCAAGUGGUCAUCACCACGCACAACGCGCCGCAACUUCUGCCUCCGCCAACGCCACAGGCUUACGCGUCGUCGACGAACUCGAUAGCGGCGGUUGCGCCGCAACCGACAGGAAGCGCCGCCGUCCUCACCUCCACGUACUCUCUUCUCAGCAUGGUCGCCACGCCUAUGGGCAGCUCCAGGCCCGUCGACGAGCUGAGCACGCUGGUUGGUCACAGCCAGGCCUACGCUAACCUCUUGGCCCCGACGGGCAGUCAUUUCCUCUCGUUGCCGUCGCCGCAGACAACGCCAGAAAUGACGCCGCUCGGUGUGCUGCCGAUGGGACCGCCGCUGAUGUCUUCGGUAGCUGACAAGCUCAGCUGGGACUGGAACCCGGUCCCCGACACGACGGCCAGGGAUUACAAUGCUUCUGGUUUUAAGUGAGCCUGCAAACUCACAGUUCAUUCUGAAAACCUGCCAUCAGUGUAGGGCUGUAGGCUAACAUAUACACCCUUUAAUCAGUCCAAAUAUAUAUAUAUAUAUAUCAUGUCAAGUAGCAUAUAUGAUCGAGAAUACUAAAUAUAUGAUCAGGAUCCAGGAACUGAAGAUAGGUGCAUGAUUUGUACGCAUAAUGAGAUCAAUUUAAAAAUCAGGAACUGA